UGCAACUAACAACAUUGGCAAGGGAACUUAAAACUUCAAAAUGGGUAUCUAUCUUUUAUCACUACUUCUUACAUUAUUAAUAAGUACAAGUCUAGCGAUGGACGCAGAAAUGGCAGAACUAGCGCAGAUGCUUCGUGACAGCUGUGCGUCAGAGACAGGAGUGGACCUGACCUUAGUCGAAGGAGUAAACAAGGGAGCUGACCUCACACCGGACGACAAACUAAAGUGCUACAUGAAAUGUACCAUGGAAACCGCUGGAAUGAUGUCAGAAGGGAACGUUGAUGUGGAAGCCGUUAUUGCUCUCUUGCCUGAUGAUUUUAGAAAACGCUCCGAACACCAUUUAAGAGCAUGCGGUACAAAGAAAGGUACAGAUGAUUGUGACACCGCUUAUCAAACUCAGGUUUGCUGGCAGAAGUCGAAUAAAGCCGAUUAUUUCCUCAUUUAAAUACAAUAAAGUACAUGUAACUUAUU